AUGGUAAACAUGGAUGAGGUCGACCGGGAGCUCAUGCGAGCCGAGGAGGAUGCUCGCUGGCAAAACCACCCCGAGGACUCGUCUAAGCCGCAUCGGCGGCCCAGCAAUGAAGUCGAGCGAGUUGUCACUGCGUCGUCCGUCUCGACGUCGUCGAGCGAGGGCGGGGCCACGAGGCGGACCAUUGGCAUGAGCCGAGUGUCAACACAACGCGACCUCGAGAGACACCCCACGGAGCUGAGCAGGAUACACACGGCCCGGAGCCAGCACAGCGAGACUAUUGGUCGAGGCCUCCGGAGUCGCCAGUCCGCGAAGCCCUUGCCAGCUUUCGGCGCCGGCAAGCCGUUUCCCCCGCCUCUGCCGGAACAGGAGGAGUAUGUCGUCGAGUUCGACGGUCCCGACGACCCUUAUCAUGCCCAGAACUGGCCUACUAAGAAAAAGCUCCUUACCGCUGCGAUGCUUGGUUAUACGACAAUGACAUCCGCCUUCACCUCGAGUAUUUUCUCGUCCGCCACAGCAUCUGUCGCCGCCGAAUUCAACGUUAGCACCGAAGUAGGCAUUCUGGGUGUAUCACUCUAUGUCUUGGGUUUCGCGUUUGGACCGACGCUAUGGGCACCGCUUUCCGAGCUCAAGGGACGACGGUUGCCCAUUGUGAUCUCGAUGUUUGGUUUCUCCGUUUUCACAAUCGCAUGUGCGGUGGCCAAGGACCUGCAGACCCUCUUGAUCUGCCGUUUCUUUGCCGGCUUCUUCGGCGCUUGCCCCCUGGCUGUUGUCGCCGCCGUCUUCUCCGACAUGUUUAACAACGCUACCCGAGGAGUUGCCAUCACCAUUUUCUCCAUGGCCGUGUUUACUGGCCCACUCCUUGCACCGUUUGUUGGCGGUUUUAUCACACAAUCAUAUCUCGGAUGGCGAUGGACCAUGUACAUUACCUCGAUCAUGGGCUGGGUCGCUUUUGGCCUCGACCUGAUCUUCCUGGAAGAGACCUAUCCACCAGUCAUUCUUAUCGAAAAAGCCUCCGAGCUGCGACGCCGUACCAAGAACUGGGGUAUCCACGCGAAGCAGGAGGAAAUCGAGGUCGACUUCAAAGAGCUUCUCCAGAAGAACUUCACCCGACCCAUGCGACUGCUGUUCUUCGAGCCCAUCGUCACGCUGCUCUCUGUCUACAUGGCUUUUAUCUAUGGCUUGCUAUACCUCUUCUUGACAGCCUAUCCUUUUGUUUUCCAGGGCGUUCACCACUUCAACUCGGGCCAAUCGGGUCUCGCAUUCUUUGGCAUGAUCCUUGGUCAGCUCCUGGCUGGUACGGUCGUUCUGCUGGAUCAGCCAAGAUACCAGCGCAAGCUCGCCGCAAACAACGGUGUCCCCAUUCCCGAGUGGCGUCUUCCCGUCAUUAUUGCUGGUGGAGUUUCUUUCACCGCCGGCAUCUUCUGGUUCGGCUGGAGCGGAUACCGGGCCGAUAUUCACUGGAUUGUGCCCGCUGCCUCCGGUAUUCUGUCUGGCUUCGGUCUCAUGGCCAUCUUCCUGCAGGCACUCAACUAUCUCGUUGACGCCUACCUAAUGUUUGCCGCUUCCGCAAUUGCUGGAAACACAUUCCUUCGAUCCCUUUGCGGUGCCGGAUUCCCCCUUUUCUCAACUUACAUGUUUAACGGGCUGGGCAUUCAGUGGGCUUCGACGCUGCUGGGCUGUGUGGCCGCGCUCCUGGUCCCCAUCCCAGUCAUCUUCUAUCUAUACGGCGAGAAGAUCAGAGCCAAGAGCAGCUUCGCACCCACCAGCAACACCCCCCGCGCAGCUCCUGCUGCGGAUGAUUCUACCGAUGGGGAUGCCAAUGGCGUGGACAUGACACAGAACCACGCGGCCCUAUCCAACAUUCCACGGACAGACCGUGAGAAGGACACAAGCCAAGCGUAG